AUGAAAUAUGAUACUCCGGAUGUGGCUAUUGAGAAAACAGCAAACUUAAUUCGAGAAUUUAAACUCGCUUAUCCGAAUACAAAAUUAGCAUUAACAACAUUGCCACAUAUACGUGUUAGCGGUCUAAAGCCAACAAUUGAUCAAGUUAACGCUGAUACGGAUGAAUUUAACGCACGUCUUUCGUCGUUGGCUGAUGAUUAUAUUGAUGUGAUUAAAGUCCGUUAUACUGAUAAAAUGCUUUUACGUGAUGGUAUUCACUUAAAUUCGUCUGGGACAAAGGAAUUGACUAGCUCGAUGAAUAAGUAUUUAAAACGGCGUUUUUAA